GGUGGCCCCGGGCGCGAUCCAGCCUGGUAGCCGCGCCGCAGACUCCCGGCGCCGCAACUCCGUGUCCCGCUCCGCCUGGGGCCCUGCGGGGACAGCGAGUGGAGGGUGCUCCUGGCUGCUGCCCGACAAGGAGGUAGUUCCCAUGUGGUUGCAUCAUCUAGACUUUGAAACCAGAUUACCUGGGUUUAUACUCCAGCUCCUCCAGUGACCAGCAGGAUGGAAGAGAGGAGAGGAAAUCGGCAGACACAGGAGCCGGAGUGAGAAGGCCGAGCCCACCAUGAGCCCGGUCUUCCCUUCUGCGCUUUAAGAGCCAGCAGCAGGUGAAGUCGCUGGAGAGCAAUGGCUCUCUUCACUCCUUGGAAGUUGUCCUCGCAGAAGCUGGGCUUUUUCCUCGUGACUUUUGGCUUUAUUUGGGGUAUGAUGCUCCUGCACUUUACCAUCCAGCAGCGGACUCAGCCCGAGAGCAGUUCCAUGCUGCGUGAGCAGAUCCUGGACCUCAGCAAGAGGUACAUCAAGGCUCUGGCGGAGGAAAACAAGAACGUUGUGGAUGGGCCGUAUGCUGGGGUCAUGACUGCUUAUGAUCUGAAGAAAACUCUCGCUGUGUUGUUGGAUAAUAUUUUGCAGCGCAUCGGCAAGUUAGAGUCGAAGGUGGACACCCUUGUCAUCAAUGGCACAGGAACAAAUUCAACCAACUCCACCACUGCUGUUCCCAGCUUGGUAGCACUUGAGAAAAUUAAUGUGGCAGAUAUCAUUAAUGGAGCUCAAGAAAAAUGUGUAUUGCCUCCUAUGGAUGGCUACCCCCACUGUGAGGGGAAAAUCAAGUGGAUGAAAGAUAUGUGGCGCUCGGAUCCCUGCUACGCAGAAUAUGGAGUGGAUGGGUCCACCUGCUCCUUUUUUAUUUACCUCAGUGAGGUUGAAAAUUGGUGUCCUCGUUUACCAUGGAGAGCAAAAAAUCCCUACGAGGAAGCUGAUCAUAAUUCAUUAGCAGAAAUUCGUACGGAUUUUAAUAUUCUCUACAGCAUGAUGAAGAAGCAUGAAGAAUUCCGAUGGAUGAGGCUGCGCAUCAGGCGCAUGGCUGAUGCAUGGAUCCAAGCGAUCAAGUCCCUCGCAGAAAAACAGAAUCUUGAAAAGAGAAAGAGGAAGAAAGUCCUGGUCCACCUGGGCCUCCUAACGAAGGAGUCUGGGUUCAAGAUUGCGGAGACAGCGUUCAGCGGCGGUCCUCUCGGUGAAUUAGUGCAGUGGAGUGAUUUAAUUACAUCGCUGUACUUACUGGGCCAUGACAUUAGGAUUUCAGCUUCACUGGCUGAGCUCAAGGAAAUAAUGAAAAAGGUCGUAGGAAACCGAUCUGGCUGCCCCACUGUAGGAGACAGAAUCGUUGAGCUCAUUUAUAUUGAUAUUGUAGGACUCGCUCAAUUCAAGAAAACUCUUGGACCAUCCUGGGUUCAUUACCAGUGCAUGCUGCGCGUCCUGGACUCUUUCGGCACCGAGCCGGAGUUUAACCAUGCCAGCUAUGCCCAGUCCAAAGGCCAUAAGACCCCCUGGGGAAAGUGGAAUCUGAACCCGCAGCAGUUUUACACCAUGUUCCCUCACACCCCAGACAACAGCUUCCUGGGCUUCGUGGUGGAGCAGCACCUGAACUCCAGCGACGUCCACCACAUCAACGAGAUCAAGAGGCAGAACCAGUCCCUCGUGUAUGGCAAAGUGGACAACUUCUGGAAGAAUAAGAAGAUCUACCUGGACAUUAUUCACACAUACAUGGAAGUGCAUGCCACCGUUUAUGGCUCCAGCACGAAGAAUAUUCCCAGUUAUGUGAAAAACCACGGUAUCCUCAGUGGGCGGGAUCUGCAGUUUCUUCUCCGAGAAACCAAGUUGUUUGUGGGCCUUGGGUUCCCCUAUGAGGGCCCAGCUCCCCUGGAGGCCAUCGCAAAUGGAUGUGCUUUUCUGAAUCCCAAGUUCAACCCACCCAAAAGCAGCAAAAACACAGACUUUUUCAUUGGCAAGCCAACUUUGAGAGAGCUGACAUCUCAGCAUCCAUAUGCUGAAGUUUUCAUCGGCCGGCCACACGUCUGGACUGUUGACCUUGACAAUCAGAAAGAAGUGGAGGAUGCAGUGAAAGCAAUUCUAAGUCAGAAGAUCGAGCCGUACAUGCCGUAUGAGUUCACGUGUGAGGGGGUGCUACAGAGAAUCAACGCCUUCAUUGAGAAGCAGGACUUCUGCCAUGGGCAGGUGAUGUGGCCGCCCCUCGGUGCCCUGCAGGUGAAGCUUGCUGAGCCCGGGCAGUCCUGCAAGCAGGUGUGCCAGGAGAACCAGCUCAUCUGUGAGCCGUCUUUCUUCCAGCACCUGAACAAGGACAAGGACCUGCUGAAGUAUGAGGUGACCUGCCAAAGCUCAGAGCUGGCCAAGGACAUCCUGGUGCCCUCCUUUGACCCCAAGAGCAAGCACUGUGUGUUUCAAGGUGACCUCCUGCUGUUCAGCUGCGCAGGCGCCCACCCCAGGCACCGGAGGAUCUGCCCCUGCCGGGACUUCAUCAAGGGCCAGGUGGCUCUCUGCAAAGACUGUCUAUAGCGGCCACCAGCCAGCCCUGCACACACUCUGCUGGGAGCAGCGGCUCCAGCCCUGUCCUGGCAGAGCCUGGGGGCAGGCGUCAUUCAGGGACUCUCGCCAGAGCCUGAACUUUUUGGUGGAAGAUUUCGAUGUGGUAUCACUCCUGCUGUGGUCAGCGCAUCACAGUGGCAUUUUCACCAAAACCAAAGGCAGGCCAGCAUCAGGCCAGGAGCCUGGCUGCUCUCCCUGGCACAAGUUUAUUUUUUGAGGAGCAGCUGCAGGGAGAAUCCCUCGAUGCACUUGCUCCAGGGUAGAGCACGAAUCUCAAGAUUCAUUUAAAACAGAACAAAACCAGAGGGGGAACUGAGCUGGUUGGCAAGAACUUUUUAGGAACAUUCCUAAAUCCAUUAACUUAUUUAUUUGGGAGGGGGAGGCUACCAGGGGAGGGCAGAGAGGGGCUGAUCACAGGUCUUGUUUCUUUGAUUUCUCACUGUUUACCAUCCACCUUCACUGUAAUAGUUUUCUGGCCCCAUCAGGGUGGUGCCAGAGGGAGAGGAGGGGAGCGCCGUGGGGAUCUAGCUCCUCAAAGCAGAUGGCGGCAGAGAAGAAAAUCUUGUGUGCGCUUGGUGGUAGCUACAGAACAGGCACCCCCAGGUGUGGGGGGACAACCCAGCCAGGGAACGAAGUACAUGAUUAGGAAAUUGACAGCUGGUGGUUGGUGGUAAAUCUCGAAAGGCAGGACCAGGGCCAAAAGAGCUACCCUUGGAUGUAGCUGUGGUGUUUACCCCUUACAAGCGUUGUCUUUGAGCUGGGAGUGGAUGAGUGAGCUGGUCCCUGUGGCCUGGUGUCACACUGGAGCUGGGAUGCAAACUUUGGGCUUGCGUUACAUUCCUUCGAAUGCCUGGAACCUCCAUAGCCCAGGGAAUGGGGCUCUGGGCGAACUUGAUGUUGGCUGGGGGAUCAGGGGCAGGCCAGUGUGAAAAUGAGUCACUGUCCUGGUGGCUCACUUGGGUGGGGAUGGGGUGGCUCGCAGCCAGGCACCAGUAUUUUGAGGUGUGAGCCAGUUGGCAGCUUGGCCUGGUCAGACUCACUGGACCCCCUUCCAGCCCCUGCGCUCUGCUUUGCUGGGUUCCCCGCCUCCCCCGGGCAGUUGCAAUGCUUUGGGUAUGUUUCCUGGCAUCCCCAUGCGGUAAGAGUCAGCCCUCUCUUUCCUCUUCGUCUCCCUGUUAUGAGUAGUUGGGGUCCACCCAGCCCUCAGUGGUGGCAUGGCCUCCCAGCACCCUGCAUGCCCUCCCGCAGCUGCCCAGCCUCGGCUGGCAAAGAGCUGGUACGAUGAAUGGUGGAUGGGCCUCUGAGAAGUGAGACUAAAGGAGGGACUCUGUUUCAGGAGGACAGAGGGAGUGUGGAGCCUCUACGUGUGGGGAGUUAGAUUCUACCUGCUUCUCAGUUCUUCCUUCGUGCAUAAAUAGCACCACAUGCACAGCCUGCCUUUUUCACUUUGACUCUCAAUGUGUCUGAAUCCCAGCUCCAAUCCUAGGGAACAGAGGGUGUCAGAGGGGAAGCACCUACAACCCCUCAGGUGACCCCUGAACACAUGUGCAAGGGAGAGUGCUGAUGGGAGGCCAAGGCCCAGCAGCAAGGACACAAGAAAGGAAACCUUGUUUUAGGAUGUGAGUGAGUGAAUGAGUGAAUAUGGGUAUAUGUGUUCUUUUAAGAUUUGCAAGGGCAGUUGCCUGCAGUAGGAGGAGAAAUAACUGUUAGGAAUUGCUGUUCUCUGAAUGGUCCUCUUGGCUGCACCCUAAAUUGUGGAAAUUGGCUUAAGCUCCCAGGCCUACAAUUCCUGGGCCUGUGCUGCCCUCUCCCGGACCCUCGCUUCCGAGGGUGAGGAUGUCAGUGCAGGCAUCUGACCAGCAGGGGGCGCCUGCGGGCCGAGACCGAUUUCCUAAGCUCAGCAACCCAGUUUGCAGAGAACUGUUUACUAAGCCAGCACAGGGGCUCAGAAAGUGUGGAAACUAGGAAGCUACAUUCUGUGGAAAGACUCGAUCCUGCCUUGUAUUCCAGAAGCUUCUAGGAUUGCUUGCUGGCUGCCCGAGCUCAGGGCCUCCCCCUCUUCCCACUCUUGUCAGGACUCUCAGCUUAGGUGCCCACGGGGGCACUUUCCUCAUUAGGUCCCUCUGCUCCUGCCAGCCCAGUGUUGGUGGAGGUGAGGCAGUUCCAUGGGUGGGAGAGGGGGGGCAGAGGGGAAGAGGGGUCUGCUGCUCCUGGGCACACUGAUCUGCACCCCAGUUGUUGAAGGCUUUAUCGAUAGAGGCAGUGAUGUUGGACAAAUACUGGCGUCCAGCCCCCUCUAAACUUGGCCCAAGUCAGGUCAGUGGUCCACAACCAGUGGGGACGUGAUUCCUGCCUGCCCGCCUUGGGCAGAGGGCGCCUCAGAGUGUGGGCAGUUUUUCCUAACAGAGUCCUGAGCUAACUUGUGGUUGGAGACCCUUCCACACUGGGACCUGUGCCAGGACCCCUGUCUCCCUGGCUAUGAGCACAUGCUGCCUGGGCUGAAAGUUUUUGUACAUUUUUUCCUCAGUGAAAUCUGGUGUUUUCCCCCCACUGUGAUUUUAAGUUCCUUAAAAAACAAAAAAACAAAAACAAAACUUGAGGGAAAACAUUUAUCUAAUUUAUUAAGAGAGAGAAAGCCUUCCUUUGACAUGUAAACACUUUCAGGAGUAAAAGCUUCUAAAGGAGAAACACUGCUUUUAAUGUCAGUGGACACCUUGUUUACUCUGUGUAUGUAAUUGGAUUUGCACUUGAACAAAGGAGAGGUUUUUUGCAUUUUUGCUUAAGUUGAGUUUCUGUCGCUGCGUAUAGUUUGCCUUUUUUGUGUUUGCUGUAUGUUUGGAAAUAUUGUGAAUCUGUUUGAUAUUUAUUGUUUCUCUGAGGUGCCUUUUCUCUUUUCUUUGGGGUUGCUUUUGGAACCUGCUGCACUCCCCCAGCUUGGAGACAGGACCUGUCCUGUGUCACUGUGGACUCUCAGGGCCCAGAAACGCCCUUCCAGCCCCUCGGCCAGCACGUAUAUGCACAUACACCCCCCUCCAGACAAGCCCACACCGUCCCAGGCCGCUUGGUCACUUCUGGGUUUGGGGACUGCUGCCUGCCCCUUGGCCCAGGCUCCCUGCCACCUGGCACAUGGUGAGGUGUGGCAGGGCAGGCGCCAGCCCUGGCUGAGGAGUUGCACUGUAAGGAAGCAGGGCCUGCUAAGCUCCUGAGUAGCACUGGCCCCCAGACACAUCAUGAAGGGAGAGGGAUGUGCACACCCUUUUGUUCCGUAGUGAGCAUGGGGUUUCAUAACUGUGACCACUGGUUUCAUCUGGAAGGAGAGCCCGUUUCGCUGGUAGUGCAGGCAUGGAUUUGACAGGCUGAUUGAAACUGCUGUUCACGGGCAGGUUUUGUUUGUGGACCAGACCAAGGCAGGCCACCCACUCUCCACGGUGGCUUACCUGGAUUGUGUAUGUAAUUAGCACAUGACCACUCCCUUCCCUGCCCCCAAACUUUUUGGUUUUUUGAAAGUCUAUUUUGCUAACGACAGGCUCUGUUGCACGUGUUGCUACCCGAAGCCUAGACUUUUAUUUAUUUAAAAACACUUUAAUUUUCACAUUGGCUUCAUUCCUCUUCCACCCAUCCCCGCGGGCCCACAGCGUUUGUGUGUGAAGAGCUGAUGGGCACGGAGACUCAGCUUCUUUAGGAAGGUGGGAUGUCCUAAAGCUGAGGGCCAGUCCCUCUCAUUCCUGUUGGCUUCAACAAGAAGUGGAAAGCCAAGUUUUUAUAGCAAAAGGCCAAACUAGCUGUAGUCUCAGAUGCAGAAAAAAAAAUUAGUAGCUCUCUUAGCACUUAGGGGUUUUGUGAGGAUUCGGUGUUUAGCGGUGUCUGGCACAUAGUAAGCCCUAGUAAGUGUUAAACAUUAUUACAUUUUACAAAAUUUGAGAAAUAAAGAGCUGCACUCCUUAUCAGUUGGUUCAAAAGUCACACCUACAGGACUCUAUUAUCCCAGGUUGACGGACUGUUGUGGGAUUUACCGGUUGGCGUGUGUAAGUCCCACGCCCACCCUGUGGCCGGAACGUUGCCGGAUCCCUGACUGCACUGACUGAUUGGAAAACAUGCCUGGCUUCAGCCCCAGACGAAACGAGGCUGCGGGAUUUGCACACGGGUGAUCUUUGGCUCCCUGCUGGGCCUCACCCCAGUGGUGUCUCCUGGACCAUUCCAGAGUUUUUCCUUGGGGAACUUUUUGAGCUAGAAAUUAAGGUGAAUUUUCCCACUGAUUGUACCCCUUAAAGUUAACUGUUUCUCUGAAAUGAAGUUAAGAGAGGCUUUUCCAUUUCCAAGGGGAAAGAAUCGACCAAUUGAACUUGAGAAGUCCCCUGCUCUCCCCUGCCGGCCAGGGCAGCUCCUCCACAGUCCAGUCUGCAGGGGCCAGACUCCCGGGCAGGUGAAUUGUCACGAGUUUGCCCUGGCCCUGGGACCACAGUCUAGCUCGGGGAACCCCAAGACUAUAUACCACCAGAGCUGCUGGUGGCUCACUGGUUUCCUCCCCAAGUCACCUAAAUAUCAGUUCACGUUUUGUUUUAUUGGGGUUCUAGCCUCUUGCUCCCCAAUAGAUUGGAGCCGCGUCUCCUUGCCUGUCUAGGCGCUCCUCUGGGCAGAUGCAUUGUGGAGUGUGGAGGAGUUUGCUGGAGCCCUGUGUCCGAGUUCCUGUUUUCUCUUCUGCUGAAUCUGCAGUCCUAGACUUGUGCAGGUGUAAGACUGGGGUUCACCUUCUCCCAAGCAUCAUUCCUCUAGCCCCGAUUUGUGGAGCCUUGAGAUGAUCUCCCCCAGUCACCUGCAGCUGGUGAGGCCUGGCAGAGGGACCACGGCCAGCGAGUACUCAUGGGACAUCGGGUGUGUGUGUGGAGGGUGAGGGCUUGGGGUGCACAGAGGACAUUAGCCAGGCUGGCGGCCUGGCUGGGACAGCAGCUUGAGAACCUAGGUGGUCUGCCCCUUCUGCCCAAGGGAAGACAGAGCAAAGUUGGGAAGGAUUUUGCUCACUGUCCUCCCCAGGUAUUAAGAGGGCAGCAGUGGAACAGUCUACGCCAAAGGAGGUGGUGAGUCCCUUCUACUGUAGUCGCUGUCACAACCUCGAUGUCUUUAAGCUAAUGACCGUUCACAUCUGUGUCUUCAAACAGCGCCUGGCUCACUCCGGGGCUUAGUGCAGGGUUCUGCCCACGAGGUGUCGCUGUCCACACGUCCCAACGUACUGUACCUGCAUAGAGCGCACUGCUUUGUUUCCACUGUUGUAGACACAACUAGGGAGAACUUUAUUUUUCAAUAAACUUUACUUGUGUGA